GGGGAAGCUCAGUACGCAGGCGCAGCUCCCUGGCUCCGCUCGCCCCGGCGGUCCGGCCCAGCUCUCGCGGACAAGUCCAGACAUCGCGCGCCCCCGGCCUCCGGGACCGCCCCCUCCCACCUCUCGGCGUCGUCGAAGAUAAACAAUAGUUGGCCGGCGAGCGCCCAGUGUGUCUCCCGCCGCCGGAUUCGGCGGGCUGCGUGGGACCGGCGGGAUCCCGGCCAGCCGGCCAUGGCGGGGCUGUACUCGCUGGGAGUGAGCGUCUUCUCUGACCAGGGCGGGAGGAAGUACAUGGAGGACGUUACUCAAAUCGUUGUGGAGCCCGAACCGACGGCUGAAGAAAAGCCCUCGCCGCGGCGGUCGCUGUCUCAGCCAUUGCCUCCGCGGCCGUCGCCACCCGCUCCACCCGGCGGCGAAGUCUCGGGGAAAGGCCCAGCGGUGGCAGCCCGAGAGACUCGCGACCCUCUACCGGACGCCGGGGCCUCGCUGGCGCCUGGCCGUUGCUGCCGCCGCCGUUCCUCCGUGGCCUUUUUCGCUGUGUGCGACGGGCACGGCGGGCGGGAGGCGGCACAGUUUGCCCGGGAGCACUUGUGGGGUUUCAUCAAGAAGCAGAAGGGUUUCACUUCGUCCGAGCCGGCGAAGGUUUGCGCUGCCAUUCGCAAAGGCUUUCUCGCUUGUCACCUCGCCAUGUGGAAGAAACUGGCGGAAUGGCCAAAGACUAUGACAGGUCUUCCCAGCACAUCAGGGACAACUGCCAGUGUGGUCAUCAUACGGGGCAUGAAGAUGUAUGUAGCUCACGUAGGUGACUCAGGGGUGGUUCUUGGAAUUCAGGAUGACCCAAAGGAUGAUUUUGUCAGAGCUGUGGAGGUGACACAGGACCAUAAGCCAGAACUUCCCAAGGAAAGAGAACGAAUCGAAGGACUUGGUGGGAGUGUGAUGAACAAGUCUGGAGUGAAUCGUGUAGUCUGGAAACGACCUCGGCUCACUCACAAUGGACCUGUUAGAAGGAGCACAGUUAUUGACCAGAUUCCUUUUCUGGCAGUAGCAAGAGCACUUGGUGAUUUAUGGAGUUAUGAUUUCUUCAGUGGUGAGUUUGUGGUGUCACCUGAACCAGACACAAGUGUCCACACUCUUGACCCUCAGAAGCACAAGUAUAUUAUAUUGGGGAGUGAUGGACUUUGGAAUAUGAUUCCACCUCAAGAUGCCAUCUCAAUGUGCCAGGACCAAGAGGAGAAAAAAUACCUGAUGGGUGAGCACGGACAAUCUUGUGCCAAAAUGCUUGUGAAUCGAGCAUUAGGCCGCUGGAGACAGCGUAUGCUCCGAGCAGAUAACACUAGUGCCAUAGUAAUCUGCAUCUCUCCAGAAGUGGACAAUCAGGGAAAUUUUACCAAUGAAGAUGAGUUAUAUCUGAACCUGACUGAUAGCCCUUCCUAUAAUAGUCAAGAAACCUGUGUGAUGACUCCUUCCCCAUGUUCUACACCACCAGUAAAGUCACUGGAGGAGGAUUCAUGGCCACGACUGAACUCCAAGGACCAUAUACCUGCCCUGGUUCGUAGCAAUGCCUUCUCAGAGAAUUUUUUAGAGGUUCCAGCUGAGAUAGCUCGAGGGAAUGUCCAGGGUGUAGUCAUGCCCUCAAAAGAUCCAGAACCACUUGAAGAAAAUUGUGCUAAAGCCCUGACUUUAAGGAUACAUGAUUCUUUGAAUAAUAGCCUGCCAGUUGGCCUUGUGCCUACUAAUUCAACAAACACUGUCAUGGACCAAAAAAAUUUGAAGAUGUCAACUCCUGGCCAAAUGAAAGCCCAAGAAAUUGAAAGAACCCCUCCAACAAACUUUAAAAGGACAUUAGAAGAGUCCAAUUCUGGCCCCCUGAUGAAGAAGCAUAGACGAAAUGGCUUAAGUCGAAGUAGUGGUGCUCGGCCUGCAAAUCUCCCCACAACCUCACAGCGAAAGAACUCUGUUAAACUCACCAUGCGACGCAGACUUAGGGGCCAGAAGAAAAUUGGAAAUCCUUUACUCCAUCAACACAGGAAAACUGUUUGUGUUUGCUGAAAUGCAUCUGGGAAAUGAGGUUUUUCCAAACUUAGGAUAUAAGAGGGCUUUUUAAAUUUGGUGCCGAAGUUGAACUUUUUUUAAGGGGACAAAAUUAAAAGAAUAUACAGUUUGACUUUUUGGAAUUCAGCAGUUUUAUCCUGGCCUUGUACUUGCUUGUAUUAUAAAUGUGAAUUUUAUAGAUGUUAGGGUAUAAGUUGCUGUAAAAUUUGUAUACAUUUGUAUCCACACAAAUUCAGUCUCUUACUCUGAUACACAGUAAUCGUGACAACAGGGCUAAAUGUUUAAAGAAAUCAAAAGAAUCUAUUAGAUUUUAGAAAAACAUUUAAACUUUUUAAAAUGCUUAUUAAAAAAUUUGUAUAAGCCACUUGUCUUGAAAACUGCGCAACUUUUUAAAGUAAAUUAUUAAGCAGGCUGGAAAAGUGAUGUAUUUUCAUAGUGACCUGUGUUUCACUUCAUGUUUCUUAGAGACAAGUAUCUUUCAAACAUUUUUAAUUUCUGAUUUCAUAAUUCAGAACUAAAUUUUUCAUAGAAGUGUUGAGCCAUGCUACAGUAAGUCUUGUCCCAAUUAAAAUACUAUGCAGUAUCUCUUACAUCAGUAGCAUUUUUCUAAAACCUUAAUCAUCAGAUAUGCUUACUAAAUCUUUGGCAUAGAAGGAAGUGUGUUUGCCGAAAACAAUUCCCUUCUUUUUCAUACCAGACCAAUGACAUUAUUAGGUCUUAAAGUAGUUACUACCUUCUCGUGUUUGCUUAAAAUAUGUGAAGUUUUCCUUGCUAUUUCAGUAACAGAUGGUGCUGCAAAUUCCCAACAUGUCUUUAAAUUAUUUUAUAUCAUACAGUUUUCAUUGAUUAUAUGGGUAUACGUUCAUCUAAUAAAUCAGUGAACUGUUCUUCAUGUUG